AUUAACAUUGACUAUUGUUGACGUGGUAGCCAUGUAGAUGUCACGUCAAUGACACCUCAUAUUUUUAAUUAAAAAUUACAAAAAUAAAAUAUUGUUAUAAAAAUUUAAAAAAUGCAAACUCAAUUAAUUAAUAUUGUUCCUAAAAAUUAAAAUAAAAAACAAGUAAAGAAAACUCCCCACCACCGCAUCCUACUCCCUCUGCACUAGGAAUGACAAUGGGACGGAUUUGGGGCGGGUUUAUCUAAAUCAUCCCCAUCCCCAUCGCCGCCGCUACACUCCCCACCGCCCCCUUCUCCCACAUCCAAUCCUGCUUCCUCCGUCGUCGUCAUACUCUCCGCCCCAUAUAGAAUAGCUAGCGCCGAUUACAUACCCCAAAUCACAAAAUCACAAACCAUUGCAAACCCCGAAUCCAUUGUUACUCUCUCUUUUUUAGCUCCCCCACCUAUUCCAUCUCACUUCCAAUCAAACUUCGAGCCUCGCGAGAUCGGAUAACCAGAUCUUCUCCAUGAAAAACCCUUCGCGAUUGAAUUGAAGAACUGUAAGGGUAGUCACCGCCGACCAUAUCUCUUACUCCUAAUUGCAAGCAAAUCUGCCUUUUUUGCUUGUCGAAGUCGAAAUGAACAGGGAGGCCGGAGUCCGAAAUCGAGAAGAAGACGAAUCGAUCCCCAACGGCGUUAACUCGACUCCGUCGUCGUUGUUGAGGGUUCUGAUCAGGAAUCCAUCGCUGUUGGCGAGGAAGGCACAUAAUCGAUGCAGGAAGUUCAGCUCCGUAAUCGCGACGCUGGACAGCAGAUGGUCAGCGAAGCGAAUGGAAUUCGCGGCGGGAGUAAUCGUGGAAGCUCUGAAGCAGGGGAAGGCCUUGAACGGGGAAGGGAUGAGUUGGUAGCAGGUGAGGGAUGAGUCGGCAGCAGGUGAGGGACGCAACUCGGAUGCACGUCGGAGAUAAGGGACUUCCUCAAAUCGAUGAACAACGUCGCCAUCAAAAAUUGCGUCGCCCGACGAGCUGACCUCUGCAGAGUUAGGGAUUGCGAGGCGUGAUUUUUGUUUUGUUUGGUUUCGGAAGGGGUUUUCCGUUCCCCUGGUUUUUUCAAUCCCUAAGAAGGAAGAGGAGGAAGAAGGAGAAGAGGAAGGGAUUGUCAACCACAAAUCAUAUCUGUUUUUGUUUUUUAUUUUUAUAAUUUUGUAAUUUUAUUUUAUUUAUGAAAAAUAGUUAUAAAUUAGUAUUAUAAAU